UUUGACAGUUUAUUUAUUUGUUGUGUAGGUGGACUGAAAGUUGUAAAUCGAAUAUUAUUUUCUCAAAGAACAUAAUAUCAAAGACCUUUCAUCAUGAGUUACAUGCUGGGACAUUUACAUAAUGGUUGGCAAGUGGACCAGGCCAUCCUGUCUGAGGAAGAUAGAGUAGUGGUUAUUAGAUUUGGGCAUGACUGGGAUCCAACCUGCAUGAAGAUGGAUGAGGUGCUUUACAGCAUCGCAGAGAAAGUGAAGAACUUUGCCGUCAUCUACCUUGUGGACAUCACUGAGGUUCCAGACUUUAACAAAAUGUACGAAUUGUACGACCCGUGCACGGUGAUGUUUUUCUUCCGCAACAAGCACAUAAUGAUUGACCUGGGCACGGGCAACAACAACAAGAUCAACUGGCCACUGGAGGACAAGCAGGAGAUGAUCGACAUUAUUGAGACGGUGUACCGCGGCGCGCGCAAGGGCCGCGGUCUCGUCGUCUCGCCUAAAGACUACUCUACCAAAUACAGAUACUGAGGCACUACACUACACAUGCCUGGAUACUCUGCAUACAACCAUAUGUAUCUUACUGUGUGGUUAACCGUUUUGAAGAUUGUGGAAAUAAAAUGAAAAAUUCGAGCAUUGUUUUAAAUGUUUGGAAAUGUGAUGUAAAGAAGAAUAAUUUUAAGGUUCGAAGUCAAUAAAUGUAAAUUAUGCCCA